AUGAAUAUUAAAAAGAUGCACAAAUAAUAAUGUGCAAAGCAAGAUUUGAUUAUACUUAUGAAUAUCAAGGGAAUGGAUAAAAGUUAGUGCAUACACCCCUUGACAGACAAAUGCUAUUUAACAUUGACUUAAGGAAUGUCCAUGGGUUAUGGAGGUAAUCCUUAUGGUCCUGCAGGUACAGGUAAGACUGAAUCAGUAAAGGCACUUGGGUAGUUAUUUGGAAGAUAGGUGUUGGUAUUUAAUUGCGAUGAAGGUAUCGACUUUAAGAGUAUGGGACGUAUCUUCAUGGGAUUGGUUAAAUGUGGAGCUUGGGGUUGUUUUGAUGAAUUCAAUAGAUUGUUGGAAGAAUAAUUAUCAGCUAUAUCAUAAUAAAUUCAAAUUAUUUAAAAUGCUAUUAAGGAGAACUCAUAAUCUAUGACUUUGAUGGGAUAAACCUGUAUGGUUAAUAAAGAUUCAGGCAUAUUUGUUACAUUGAAUCCAGCUGGUAAGAAUUAUGGAGGAAGAUCUAAAUUACCUGAUAAUUUAAAAUAAUUGUUUAGACCUGUGGCUAUGUCAAUUCCAGAUAAUGAAUUGAUUGCUGAAGUCUUAUUGUAUUCAGAAGGAUUCAAGAAUGCUAAGAUUUUGGCAGAGAAAAUUAUCACAAUAUUCACAUUAUCAAGAUAAUUGUUAAGUCCAUAGUAACAUUAUGAUUGGGGGAUUGAGAGCACUUAAAACAAUAUUGACAGUGGCUGGAUAAAUUAUAUAAGAAGAAAGAAAAUAGGGAGUAGAAAUUAAUGA